AUGGGCGUCAGCCGCGUCGUCAGUACCGCCGUCCGAGAGGAGACGGCGUCGCCCACACAGAGCGCCGACCACCAGACAGCGUCGCCUGCCCCACUCAUUCUCCUCGACUGGGACGACACCAUACUGCCCAACACGCACUUGGCCAAGCUCGGGCUCUUUUCCGAAGACGAGGACUUUGAGCUCCCAGCAGACUGUCUGCCCGCGCUGCUCGAGUUUGCCAACGAAGUGGAGCACUUCCUCACGGCCUGUCUCAAGAUUGGCGCGUGCUGUAUCGUUACAAACGGUCUCACCGGAUGGGUCGAGUCGUCGUGCCAGCGGUUCCUGCCCAACGUCGUGCCCCUAGUGGAGCAGAUGACGGUCAUCUCGGCCCGCUCGGCCUUUGAGCGCGUGCUCCCGGACCGCCCCAUUGAGUGGAAGAUUGCGGUCUAUAGGGACGUGCUCGCCAAGCGCGGCUUCAGACAGACACCGGCCAUGGCGGCCCCCGGUGUCUACGUCGAGCAGCAGCAGCCGCAGCAAGUGAUUGCUCUGGGCGACUCACAGGUCGACCGCUGCGCCAUCCAAUAUGUCGCGCGCCACACGCCCAGUACGCAACUCAAGUCGAUCAAGUUGCUCGACAAUCCGAGCAUGGCCCAGCUCCAGAAGCAGCUCCAUCUGCUCGGUGUCUUUCUCGUGCAGCUCAGUGGCCACGACGAGGCACUGGACCUCGAGCUGUCGAACGAGAUGCUGCAGUAA